AUGGCUGCUCAAUGGCGUCAACUUGGAUUCGGAAAAAUGGAAAAGACGUCGUUGACAGCCGCAUACAACGACUGCACGACAAGCCCCACCACGUACGAAAAAUAUGCCAAACUUUCCUUCGUCACCACCAUUCAAAACACAGCAAUGCUGGACCUGCCCGGUGUAUAUGAUGACUUGAAGACAUAUACAUACCAUCUUUGCAGUUUCGUAAAUACCCCUCUUGUACGACAGAUUACAGGCGGCAUCCAUGUCAACGAUGCCCUAAUCUACGAUGCCUGGGGCGGCUUGCCUCUCGAAUGGACCGAGUGGUGGUCUCGCUGGCCAGACCACCGUCUUGCGCAGCAGGACCUCAUCGAUGGAAUUGAUGAGGAAGACAUGCACACUGAUGGGUGUGAUUCAACCGAAGCCGAGAUUCUCAGCGCUCGGCCCGCAUCGCUCGGCAGCUGGCUCGCACAGCUAAAAGGCCUCGCGUUGACCAGGACGCAAAGGCCUGGACAGUCAAUCGCCCUCCCAGAGGUCCUAGAAGCGCGCAUGAAGACGAAGAAAAGUGCCGAAGUAGCUCGAGCCACAAGGCUUAUUCGUGAUAUAUGCGAGUCUAGAGGGAUCACCCGUGUUGUCGACAUGGGUUCUGGGCAGGGCUACUUGUCCAUCACCCUGGCGUAUCUCUUCCCAGACCUACAAGUUCUCGCCAUUGAUGGAAGCGAGACACAAGUGGCUGGCUCUCAAGCAUUUGCAGACAAGUUGGGAAUCUCGCGUGACCGAUUGACGCACAUGGUGCAUUGGAUUGACGGCUCAUCGAUACUGGCAGACAAGGUGCGAGAUUGGUCGGCGGGAGAAAAGUGCAUAUUGGUCGGCUUGCACGCGUGCGGCAACUUGUCAGAACACAUGAUUCGAUACUUUGCCACCGAACACUGCAUGGAUGCCCUCGCGGUCGUGGGAUGCUGCUACAACCACAUUGUGCCCAGGUCGGAUACUUGUCUAGAGGGGUUUCCCAUCAGCGAUGCCCUUCGUGACAAAAAUUUCACACUGAGCCCGACAGCAUUGAUGACAGGAUGCCAAGCCCCAAACAACUGGCCACGGCCUGAUCCCCGAACAUCCUCCGUAUUUGGUCGUCGUCGUCUCUACCGCGCGAUGCUCGAAAAAGUCUUUUACGAUUACGCUAUUCGUGCGGCUGGCGAUGGAGGCGAGCGUCCUGCCUGGGGCAUCCGCAAAGGUGACAUGGUGAACUUCACAGCCUUUGCGCACCGCGCCAUGGACUGCCUCCACGUGGACACCGCGCAGCGCCCAACCGACAAGCAGUUGCGGGUCUACGAAGAAAGGUAUCGCGACUGGGAAGGGCGCAUCGCCAUCUUGUGGACAUUGAGUGUUCUCUGCUGCAAGGUGGUGGAGAGCGUGAUUGCCGUGGACCGGUAUUGUUACUUGACAGAGCGCGAGGAAGUACAGGAUGUCGACGUCGUGCCUGUUUUCGACGCGAAGGUAUCACCGCGCAAUCUGAUGAUUGUAGCGACGAAGAAAUAA